GUCGGAUUUCGGAUUGACCUCUUGUUUGACACUUGUCAUCUGUGAUUGUGUUUCAUCUUGUUCAUAUUAUCCAUUUGUGUACAAUAUUUUUGCAACUUUCCAAGCAAAUAGUUCGCUUUAGAAAAGGUGAUUUUGCGAACUAUUUCCUACUGCACGUAGAGAUGUUCAAUGUCCAGCUUGUGGGAGGUAUGAAUAUGGCAGAAUACGCAUGAAAGACUGAUAAAUUCCAGCUCAAAGAAAGAUUCUCAUUCAUCAAAAUGGGUGGAGUAGCUAGCACUAGUAAGAACAACGAUGAUCUGAUAGACAACUUGUUAGCAGCUGAUUACAUCAAGACACCCACAAUUGAAAGGGUUUUCAGGGCUGUUGAUAGGGGUGAAUAUUUCCUCCAUGAUUCUAGAAGCAAUGCUUACAAAGACAUUGCCUGGAAGUCGGGUAACCUGCAUCUGUCAGCCCCAUGCAUCUACAGUGAGGUUAUGGAAGCCUUGUGCUUAGAACCAGGCUUGUCAUUCCUUAACCUAGGUUCAGGUACUGGCUACCUCAGCACCAUGGUAGGACUAGUUCUAGGCAUCUAUGGGGUCAACCAUGGAAUUGAGUACCAUGCCGAUGUUGUACAAUAUGCCAACAGGAAACAAGACGAGUUCAAGAAGUACUCAGGAGCAAUAGAUGAGUUUGAUUAUUGUGAACCAAAGUUUAUACAAGGAAAUUGCCUGUGCCUUAGCAGCGACUGUUUCAUGCGGUACGACCGCGUAUAUUGCAGCGCUGCGUGUCCAGAGCAGUACGAGGCGUACAUGAAGAAUUUGCUCAAAGUGGGCGGCAUCCUCGUGAUGCCGCUGCAUGACCAGUUGCUGCAAGUCAAGAGGAAGUCAGAGUCCAAUUGGGUCACGAAGAAUUUGCUGCCGGUUUCGUUCGCAUCGAUCAUACAGCCUCCUGAAGGGUGUACUGACCUUGUAUCUAUCAUUGAAGUUGAGCCUCCGUCACUUCAAUCUCUGAGCCGUUCCUUGAUACGCAUCAAUUUAAGGAAAACCAUCACUGUCACGCCGCCAGUGAAGCGACCUCGCAAAGUCAAAGGUGUCCUCAGGCGAAUGGUGGUACCUAUUGUGGAAUCCGAAGAUAGCACCGAUGACGAAAAGGCCGUCAUCAUAGAAUACUAUCCGAGUGGGUCUGAACCAGAACAAAAAGAUGAGAAGAUGGACACAGUACACGAGGAGACAACCGCUGAAAGCAGCGAUGGGAAAUCUACAAAAAGCGAAGGCAAAGUCGAAGUUGAGACGAAGGCCGUCAUUGAACAUAACUCUUCGACCACAAACAAUGGUGGGACAAAUAACGGAAGUGGAUCUUCUACUGAUGGAAAGACUGAUAAGACUGUGAAGCCGUCAACUUCGUCGAACUGCCGCCGAAGGCGCUCUCUGGAAUCCAAUGACAGUAGAGAGGAUGAAAGGCAAGAAUCUAGCGGAGCGAUUAGCGAUAUCGAAGGAGUAUUUGUGGAUUUGGUGAAUGUAUUGAGAGGAGAGAGAAGAGAAGAUAGGCGAGAUAGACGAGAGGAUAGGCAGGAAAGACAGGUGAAUAACGAAGAUGAAGACGACGAUAGUAAUGAUCGUGAAGAUUCAGAACACAGCAAAAGAGGACCUACAGGCGAUGGAAGGGAAGGCAAGAAGAAAAAGAAGAGAGUCAAAAUCUUCGGUACCGUUGGAAGUGGAUUUAUUGGAGUUGACCAGGAGCAACAUUCUGAUGAUGUUUCGUCUACGGAUUCGGACUCUGACUCCAACCCUAACCAAGACAAGCGCAAGAAGAGAUUUUUAUCUGAAGAUGCUAGAUCUAGAAUGUUCAACCCUGCUAGAGUCGUAACACAGCUUUUACACUAUAGCAGUAGUGAUAACGAAAAAGAGGAAGAGCAAAAGGUGGAUUACGACGAGCGCCGGAUGUAUCAAACUCCGUACACCGAACGCAUGCGCUCUAAGAUCCAAGAAUUGCCCCUACCGCCCAUCCUCAAACGGUACCUCAAUUACUACAGGGAGUUUUAGGUUCGACUUUGACGUCUUUCGUGAUUUUACGACACUGUGUUGUCGACGGACAAAUGCUUUGCCUAGAUUUUUGUGCAUAUGAUAAGGUCGAUUUCAAAAACGUUACACGUGGAUUAUCAUACAGCAGAAUAUUAGUUAAAUCUCCAAGGAUCGGAUAAACUUAUAACUGGCUUAUUGCUAUCAGGGUUUUUUUUCCAUCAGUACAAAAUUGUAUUUUUAUUAGCUGAAAUACGUGGGCAGGGUGAACAGUUCUCGGCCGUACAAUGAAAGAGUGCAAUUUUCAGUUUAAAAAUGUUUUUUUUCCUCCACAUAACCCAACAUUGGUCCAACGUCCAACAUCAGGAUUUCUUCUAGGAAGGAAAAUUUCUUGAAAUAAUCAAACUAAGUUCCAGGGGAAAUUGUAAGUUGACAAAUUAUUUGGUGAACACGUGUUCUGCUUCAAGUUUUUAUUUGCGAAAAAUUGGGUCAGAGAUAAUUCAUUUUAUGGCGUCAUCGAUUAAAUUUUUAAUAACAAUAAUUUUCAAGGAUGAUACGGGAUAUCCUCGUGUAUUGAUAAAAAACGUAUUUGAAAUUGGCACACUGAAACCACCUUAAAUCACUUUUAUUUUGCACCAAGAAAUCAGCUAAUAUGAUUUGAUUUUUAAUAUAGCAAACAUAAAUAGUGAUAUUUCCUCGGAAUAAAAAUUUUGGAACCACCCCAUGCUCACUAAACCAUUCCUUGCAGUUUCUUGAUAAAUAUAGUUGCUAAUAACGCAUUUAUCGUCAGUUUUUCAAUGAUAAAGAUGUUAAAUACAACAUUCUUAAUAUUAGCUGUACAUAAUUAAAUUCCGAAAAUGUAUUUAGAUAAUCCAUGUGUACCGGUACGGUGCGGUAUAUCCUAUGGUUUAAUGUAUAAAUGCCAAAUAAUUUUUUACUUGAUUCUCAGUAGAAUUGUAGUGUGAUAUAGUUCUUACAUCCAAAUUAAAAAAUAAAAACGACACAGAUUAACGGAUUGUCGUUUAAAUUAAUGCAAAAUUAUUUUUCAUCAUCGUUGCACCACCAACAUCACAAACUGAAUGAUAAAAUUAAAGCUAACUUAAUCUUGAUUUCCUGCCAUAUUGAAAGUUGCAACUGUUGCUGUUAUUUUUUACCUUGACAUCACAGUACAUCAUUGAUUCUGGUGCUAGAAUUAUUAUAAAAUCAAACGUGUUUGGUGAUGAAACUUUGGUGAUAGACUGUGAUAAUGCUAUCAAUUAAAAUAUUACCAAUUUGAGAUUUUACAACAAUUUUCGAUUUAUUGUAAAUAGCCUCACUUAUCACCAUUACAUAAGUCUCAAAUAUCACAAUUAAAAUUUUGUAUGUCUUGGGUUUGGUGAUUACAGGCUUCUCAAAUGUUCUUUGUACAGUAUGUUACCACUGAUACUACACAUCUCGGGCAUCAUAUAAAUAAGUUUUUAGGUUUCUAUUUUGCAGCUUCGUUAGUUGCAGAGAAUGUUUUGUAAGGUUAUUUUUUUCCUUAUUCAGCCCUGUUGCAGGUGUUCGUAAAGUUGAGAAAAACUAAAUUAAUUCAAAGUUAUGAAAACAGUUGCUUAAAAUGUCAUAGAAAUAUGGAGUUUUUGAUCACAGAUAAAAAUGAAGCCAUGAAAUAGGAAUAAAUGAAUUAAUUUUAUUAUACAGUAGCGGACAAAAGUUUGAAAACAUUCUUAGUAAUUUUUAAAAAGUGCGUUAAUUUUUUAUUCUUUAUUGUUGAUAUAGUUUGCUUACAUUCUUGAGGAUACAAAUGACAAUAUGUGUUUGCUGUGGUAUUACAGACUAGCAUU